GAUGUAUCACAGGUAAAUUUUUCCAUAACCUUAUGGAGAAAAAGGACUUUGAAGCAUGGCUUGAUAACAUUUCUAUUACAUUUCUUUCUCUGACGGACUUGCAGAAAAAUGAAACUCUGGAUCACCUGAUUAGCUUGAGUGGAGCAGUCCAGCUCAGGCACCUCUCCAAUAAUCUAGAGAUUCUCCUCAAGAGGGACUUCCUCAAACUUCUUCCAUUGGAACUUAGUUUUUAUCUGUUAAAAUGGCUUGAUCCUCAGACCUUACUCACGUGUUGCCUCGUCUCUAAGCAGUGGAAUAAGGUUAUAAGUGCCUGUACAGAGGUGUGGCAGACUGCAUGUAAGAAUUUGGGUUGGCAAAUAGAUGACUCUGUUCAGGAUCCUCUGCAUUGGAAGAAGGUUUACCUAAAGGCUAUUUUAAGGAUGAAACAACUUAAGGACCAUGAAGCCUUUGAGACAUCCUCUUUAAUUGGACACAGUGCCAGAGUAUAUGCACUUUAUUACAAGGAUGGACUUCUGUGUACAGGAUCAGAUGACUUGUCUGCAAAACUCUGGGAUGUAAGCACAGGUCAGUGCAUAUAUGGGAUCCAGACACACACUUGUGCUGCAGUGAAGUUUGAUGAACAAAAGCUUGUGACAGGAUCUUUUGAUAACACAGUAGCCUGUUGGGAAUGGAGCUCUGGGGCAAAGACACAACAUUUUAGAGGACAUACUGGUGCAGUUUUUAGUGUGGAUUACAAUGAUGAACUUGAUAUUCUGGUCAGUGGCUCUGCAGACUUCACUGUGAAAGUAUGGGCCUUAUCCACAGGAACGUGCCUGAACACCCUUACUGGACACACAGAAUGGGUCACCAAGGUAGUUUUGCAGAAGUGCAAGGUCAAAUCUCUUAUGCAUAGUCCUGGGGAUUAUAUUCUUCUAAGUGCAGAUAAGUAUGAAAUCAAGAUUUGGCCUAUUGGAAGGGAAAUAAACUGCAAGUGCUUAAAAACACUGUCUGUGUCUGAAGAUCGCAGCAUCUGCCUACAGCCCAGGCUGCACUUUGAUGGAAAAUACAUCGUGUGCAGUUCAGCACUAGGACUGUACCAGUGGGACUUUGCCAGCUAUGAUAUUCUCAGGGUUAUCAAACCUCCUGACUUCUCAAACGUGUCCUUGCUGGGCUUUGGAGAGAUAUUUGCUCUGCUGUUUGAUAACAGAUACCUGUAUAUAAUGGACUUGAGGACAGAAAAACUGAUAAGCCGCUGGCCUCUCCCAGAGUACAGAAAGUCCAAGAGAGGUUCAAGCUUUUUGGCUGGAGAAAUGUCUUGGUUAAAUGGACUCAACGGCCACAAUGAUACGGGCUUGGUUUUUGCCACCAGUAUGCCAGACCACAGUAUCCAUUUGGUAUUAUGGAAAGAACAUGGCUGA